AAACGCGCUUCUCUCUCUCUGCAUCUUUAGGUCGAGAAGUUUUUAGGGUUUCUCAUUCUCCGUAUUUGGGUGGCAAAAUCGAGAUUAAGCUCUACCGGAUUAUCUCUUAGGAUUGGUCGAGCCUUGGGUUACCUUGCUUUUGAGUCGAAUUCCAUCGCUCCUUGUUGACCUAAUUAAAAACCCCCGAUUCGAUCUGAGAAAAAGCUAGAAAACAUGUCACCGCUUGUGAUUGCAAGGAACCAGGCGAGCUGUCAGAACUUGGUCGAAUCGACUAAGCUCAAAAGAAUCUUAAAUGAUUCAAAAACGGCGUGCCGGAAAGAGAAGAAGGAAAAGAAGGAGAGACGAAAGCACAAGAAAGAAAAGCAUGAGAAAUCUCAUAAACAUUCCUCCAGUAAAGCCGAUGAUGUUCACAAAAAACAAUUCUUUCCUUCCAAGAAAGUCUCAGAUGAGUCCGAUCAACUUGAGAGGAGUGAUUUGACUGAAGAGCUUGAGGGACCUCAAAACCAGCUCGGUUAUCUCUCUGAUGGAAGCCAUAACAGUAAGAAGAGAAAAUUAGAUGACUCUCCUCCUGCUGUUGAAAGUUCAAUCAAAGCUGCACCUGUAGCAGGAAAUCCUCUUCGGAUCCGUUUUAUAUUCAAAAAACCAAAGGCGGAAGUUUCUGAUCCUCCUCGAGAGGAUCUUGUUUGCUCUACUUCGGUUUCAAAGCCUGUCAGUCACCAGGAUGUUGUGAUAACAAGUUCUGUCUCAUGCUCAAAAGUAUCUGAGCCUGUAGAGAAUCUGCCCUCAACAUCUUCGGCUGCAGUUGCUGAAACAAAGAAGAGAAAGAAACACAAGCCAAGCAAAGAAGAUCGAUACAAUGCAUUGUUUGAUGAUUGGACUCCACCUUCCUCCAUAUGUUUUCCUACCAUGGAGGUUGAUUCUUCUUCCAAGGAUGAUGAUGAUGAUUGGCUCUUUGGGAAUAGGGCGCAGGAGAAGCUUAACCGAAAAGCUUUAGGCGAGAUUGAUGAAAACAUGGAUAUGAGUUUAAAUAGACGUGGAGAUUCCUCUUGGCCUAGAGCUCAGUUUUUGUCCGAAGUCGGGAUAUAUUCGUUACCGUAUACAGUCCCGUUCUAAUGUUCCAUCUUUUUUUUUGGCCUAGCUUUUGUCUAGCUUGUACAGUGUAACAGGUUGUAACAACAAUUCUCUAAUCUAACCCAAUUUUGAUAUGAUUGUAUUUGUAACU